CCUCUAAUAUGAGACUAGUGCCAUGGCGAAGUUGACCAUCCUCCUACUUGUCAGUGCCGUCUUGGAGCUUAGCAACAAAAUGCCCUUAAUGGAGGCCCAACUUCUUCCUCUUGAGCGUUCACAAGAGGCAAACCCAGAGCUCCCUACUUUUGAAAUCUUACAGAAUAUUGACGCCGGACAUGUUCCUCCUAUGGAGGACAUGGGUGCCGAGGGAAAGUACUUUGAACAGAACCCACCUCUCGAGGUGUUGGAGGAAACAGACGCCGAACAGGGUCUCUCUCGAGCCAUCAGAGGAGCUUGGUGUAGAGCAGUCCAUGUCUCUGGAGGAGGAGCAGGUGAAGACAGAAAGCAGUAGCGUAUGCCCCACAGGCUGGUUCAAACAUGGACACCGCUGUUUCACAUACAUCCGCACCGAACGGACAUGGGCCGAGUCGGAGCAGUACUGCGCGUUUCAGGGGGCCAACCUGGCAUCCAUCCACAGCACAGAAGAGAACCACUUCAUUCAGGAGAUGAUCCGCAGACAGACRCACAACUUCCCAAGAGCCUGGAUCGGCGGACAGGACGCUACCCAGGAGGGCCUUUGGCUGUGGAGUGACGGGUUCAGGUUCUACUACCGCGACUGGAGCAAUGKACAGCCUGAUAACGCCAGGGGAAAUGAGAACUGUAUGCAUAUAAACUAUGGAGAAGAAAAACGCUGGAAUGAUUGUGUCUGCAGUAUGGCGUUACCUUCUGUAUGUUCCAUGAAACUAUAAGCUCUGACGUCACCUUAAAUCAAGAUGUCUAUUUUGUUUAGUUUUCCUAUGUAUUUUCAUGACUAUUAGCGAAUGAGUAGGAUUAAAUAAAUKGCUACUUAACAUGAAUAACACGAAAAACCGCACUCCAUUAUGUGCAUCAUCGUUUCUAUUUUUAUCUCUGCAUUUGCUAGUAACAGCCAUCUUGUCAAGACCAAAAUAAGGGAAGUUUGAUCAUGUUUGUCAAAUGUAAAUAAAGGAUUAGUUCUGUAUAUAUUCAAAA